AUGUCUCUGGAGGAUCCGUUCAUUCCGUCCCCAGAGGACAGCAGGGGGCUUCCCCUGAAUGUUUCCAGACUGCUCAGGAAUGCAACAGGAGGGCAGCACCCGUACGGCGUCUGGACCCCCGGGAUCGGGAUCGCCGCGGUGUACGGGCUCCUCAUCGCGGUGGGACUGCUGGGAAACGUGACCCUGAUGAGGACGUGCCUGCUGGUCAAGUCCAUGCGCACCGUGCCCAACCUGUUCCUGUCCAGCCUGGCCCUGGGCGACGUGCUGCUGCUGCUCACCUGCGCCCCGGUGGACGCCAGCCGCUACCUGGUGGACCGGUGGCUGUUCGGGCGCGUGGGGUGCAAACUGAUCCCGUUCGUGCAGCUGACCUCGGUGGGAGUCUCCGUGUUCACCCUGACCGCGCUCUCCGCAGACCGGUACAAAGCCAUCGUCAAACCUCUGGACCGCUCCAGCGCGCCCCUCAGCGUGGGCCUGAGAGCCGGAGCCAUCUGGUUGCUCUCCGGCACUCUGGCGAUCCCCGAGGCGGUCUUCUCCGACCUGGACACCUUCACCACCCGCCACACCAACGAGACAUUUGUCACCUGUGCGCCGUACCCCCACACGGGGGACCUGCACCCCAAGAUCCACUCCACCGCCUUCUUCCUCAUCUUCUACGUGGUCCCGCUGCUCAUCAUCUCGGUCUAUUACUGCUUCAUCGCCCACAGCCUGGUGAGGAGCUCUGAGGACUUUCCUGCUGAGGGGCGGCUGCAUCUCCAGAGACAGAUUGAGUCCCGGAAGCGUCUGGCCAGAACCGUGCUGGUGUUCGUCGGCCUGUUCGCCGUCUGCUGGCUCCCCAGCCACAUCAUCUACCUGUACCGCUCCUUCCACUACGGCCAGGCCGACACCUCGCUGGGCCACUUCGUCGCCAGCGUGUGCGCCCGCAUCCUGGCCUUCACCAACUCCUGCGUCAACCCGUUUGCCCUGUACCUGAUGAGCAAGAGCUUCAGCAAGCACUUCAGCAGGCAGCUGCUGUUCUGCUUCUCGUCCAGAAGUCUUCACAGCCAGAACAGUGGAAGAACGCAUGUGACCACCGUGAGAGGGGGAGCUUCAGCAGUUUAAGAGGACCUGCUGGUGUUAGGAUGCUGCAAUUUGCCUCUCGUGCUAAAAUACUAAGUUUUAGUGAGACGAGCUUCAGUCACAAUCUCAUCUCAGAGACUGAUGUGCAAAAACCUGACAUUUUCCGGACUCGCGCCCCUUGUUUUGCCUUGCAGUACCAUUUUGACCACUAGGUGGUGCAUUGAGUCAUUGAGUGGGUAGAGCGUUUGGCUUCCACAUAGUUCAGUAGUCUAAUAAGGAGGCUUUCACCAUUUACUCAUUGGAUUCUAAUCUGGACUCUAAUCUGAACAGCUGUGACCGCCACCGGGCUGAUCAAACCCUAACUGUCCAAUAAACAUGAGGAGGUGUAGAUAGUGGAGCAAGAAUGUAAUGAUCAUGGAAAUGAAUCCUGAGCUGUAAAGAUAAAGAUGUAUUUAAGAUAGAAGCUUCAGAGGAAGUGAUCAGAGCACCGCAGGGAUCCAGAAGAUUCAGAAGUUCAAAAAAUGAGAUGUUUAUCUGCCUGUGUGAAAUUAAACGUGUUUUCUUUGUACAUCUGAAGGUAAAGUAAGACUCGCUGUUAUUAGAACCAAAGUAUGAUGUUUAUCUUUGGCAAGUAUUUUUAUUUUUUGGUGCCUGGAUUGAAUCAGCAGCAACUGCAUGGCGGCGAGAACAGCUCCUGUAAUGUUACCAUGGUAACAGAUGGAUAGGCAACAUAAUGACAUCAAAUUUGUCGUGUUUCCAGGAUGAUGACGGUUGUGUGUUGUAGCCCAGUCAUCGUGUUUUCAUGUUAAU